GGAGAGGAUUUUUUUCUUGUUUAUUUUCGUGGACAGCUAGCUUUAGCCCACAGUAGCCUCCAGUGCUGUGCUCUCGGGCAAACACCUUAACCAUUUCGCAGUAUAACGGAAAUAACGGAGUACACCCUAUCUGGUACACAAACAAAAGAAGCAGCCUCUCCCUUAAGGGUGAAACCUAAGGAGCAAGAUGUCAAUCACAAAUACUCCAACAAGCAAUGAUGCCUGCUUGAGCAUUGUGCACAGUCUGAUGUGCCAUCGGCAGGGAGGAGAGAGUGAGAGCUUUGCAAAAAGAGCUAUUGAAAGUCUUGUCAAGAAGCUGAAAGAAAAGAAAGAUGAACUGGAUUCUCUAAUCACUGCCAUCACUACAAAUGGAGCUCACCCUAGCAAGUGUGUUACAAUCCAGCGGACUUUGGAUGGACGUUUACAGGUUGCUGGGCGUAAAGGCUUUCCACAUGUGGUUUAUGCCAGACUUUGGCGAUGGCCUGAUCUUCACAAAAAUGAAUUAAAACACGUGAAGUAUUGCCAGUAUGCCUUUGACCUAAAAUGUGACAAUGUAUGUGUCAACCCGUACCACUAUGAAAGGGUGGUUUCCCCUGGCAUUGAUUUGUCAGGGCUGACCCUGUCCAGUUCAGGUCCACUUCUGGUAAAGGAUGAAUACGACUAUGAUAACCAGCAGUCUCACUCAAGCUCUGAAAGUCACCUGCAGACAAUUCAGCAUCCUCCCUCCAGACCUGGACCCCAGGAGACCUUCAGCAGCCCUGCUCUUCUACCUCCUUCCGAGGGCAGCAGCUCAGCUUCAACUUCUGCUUUCUCCACCAUCACUGCUGGACCAUCAAAUCCUACUCCUAACUGGAGCAGAAGCAGUAGCUUCACCCCAGCAGUGCCUCAACAUCAAAAUGGCCAUCUCCAGCAUCAUCCACCUAUGCCUCACACAGGCCAUUAUUGGUCUGUUACCAAUGAAAUCUCUUUCCAGCCCCCCAUCUCUAAUCAUCCUGCUCCUGAGUACUGGUGCUCAAUUGCAUACUUUGAGAUGGAUGUUCAGGUUGGUGAAACAUUUAAGGUUCCCUCUACUUGCCCCAUUGUAACUGUGGAUGGCUAUGUGGAUCCUUCUGGAGGGGAUCGCUUCUGCUUGGGUCAGCUGAGCAAUGUUCACAGGACUGAGAACAUAGAGAGAGCCAGGCUCCACAUUGGUAAGGGUGUGCAGCUGGAGUGCAAAGGAGAGGGAGAUGUAUGGGUGCGCUGUCUGAGUGACCAUGCAGUGUUUGUGCAGAGCUACUACCUGGACCGUGAGGCUGGUCGAGCCCCAGGAGAUGCUGUUCAUAAAAUCUACCCAAGUGCUUACAUCAAGGUAUUUGACUUGCGUCAGUGCCACCGACAGAUGCAGCAGCAGGCAGCCACAGCUCAGGCGGCUGCUGCAGCGCAGGCCGCUGCUGUUGCAGGGAACAUUCCUGGUCCAGGGUCUGUAGGAGGCAUCGCUCCAGCUAUCAGUUUGUCAGCUGCUGCGGGCAUUGGUGUGGAUGACUUGCGUCGCCUGUGUAUUUUACGGAUGAGUUUUGUGAAGGGCUGGGGUCCUGACUAUCCCCGGCAGAGCAUUAAAGAGACACCCUGCUGGAUUGAGAUCCAUCUGCAUCGAGCUCUACAGCUCUUGGAUGAGGUUCUGCACACCAUGCCCAUAGCUGACCCCCAGCCUCUGGACUGAGCUGAGGACACAAACUGUACAUACUCAACAAAAGCAAUUAUGGACGCAAAUCACUCCACCUUAGGUUCGGUCGGGACUGAGGAGGACUGCAAACACAGCCAUUCCCAGCUUAGUGAGUUGUGUCAGCACGGACCUUUACUCUGCACUAUACCUCAAAUGCACUAGAAACAUCCCUUGUGCUUAGCCCGGGACUUCCAAACAACAGCUGGAGGAAUAUACAGCACGUGUCACACUGGGAGGAAUUACUGCACAUCGGGAAUAUGCUGAAACAGGAUGUGUAUUCAACAGACAACCACUAUUAUGCUCUCACUCAAAUGGACUGUCCCUGGAACAAAUUUGGCAAAAAAAACAAAAACAAGGCCAAAGUGAUUCUACAAUUACAAUAUCUGUGUAGUUAUAGUUAAUGUAGUGCACUGCUGGUUCAGUCCUCCUCUGGUUGCUCUCCUAGGCCAAGUUGGUAUCAUGAAGUGGAGUGACUCCUUCCUUGACUAUUCAGAACAUUUUAAGUAAAAUCAUGUUAUUCAUUGCCCUUGUUCUUGUACAAUGUAAUCUUUAUUAAUAUUUUGCUGACAUUUUUGUUUUAGGUUUGUUUGGUUUAUCCCCUCUUCUUUUCAAGAUUUUUUAUGUAUGCUAAAACGUUGCUCAAGCCCUUUUAAGCAGCACAUCUUUUAAACAGUUAAUAACUAAUGUUUAACAGGCCAUUUUCUUUAUAAAUGUAAUCAAAUAUUUUGAAAAUAUGGGUGUUAUCCCACAGAAAGGAAAUUAUUAUUUGUACAAAACCUUUUUAUUAGAACUCCAGUGUCCAGAUUAGCACUUUAUUAUUUUACAAGUUUUGUCUUGUUGCAUAGUUUUGCUUGUGGUUACUAAUUGUUCCAUAUACAGUUUUAGCAUAGUUCAUUUUUAUUGCUCAUUGUUCAGAUCUGUUAAAGUGUGGUUUAAAGGGAUUUUUAAUGGAUUUUUUGCAUAUUGAUCACUUUCAUCUAGUGUAGUCAAAAAAUUAAUUUUCUGUCAGACUCUACAGUACCACACCUAUUAGUGAUUGGUCUAUAUGUAAUGCUUAACUACAAGAAACCUAAAAUGAUUACUUUUGAGUAAGAUAACAUUUUGAAUGAAAAAGCGAGGAAAUAACUGUGAGGGAGUGUAAGCCAUACUGAAGCCAAAUAUCUAAAAGGUGAGAGGUCAUCCAACUACAUUCAUGUCAGUAUUAUGUUGCUUGCAAAGAAUUUUGUUUCCAUCUUCUUGCAGCUCUGUGUUGCAGUAUUUUAUACAUUUUGCUACCUUUACAGUGAUAAAACCAUUACAAAAAAGAAAAAAAAAGUUGUAAAUCUUUCAGGAAAUGCAAGUUCAUGCUCAUAAUAUUUACAAAUAUGUCAUGCAUACUGAAGUUUGAAUUAUGUUGGUGUUUAUAUGUAUGAAUAUGGUUGAAUAAAAUGUAAUGGGCUAACACUAGUGCUUUAUA